AUGGCUCCAACCAGCAAAAUCCUCGUCCUAGGCGCUGGCGAGCUGGGAACACCUGUGCUCCUCGCCCUCGCCCAACACCCGAAUAUCAUCAAGAGCGGCAGCAAUAAUAUAUCGGUAUCUGUCCUCCUCCGCCCAUCAACAAUUACCUCUCCAAGUCCCGAAAAGGCGAAAGAACUGCAGAGACUCCGCGAUAACAAUAUCUCCUUCGUACCGGGCGAUAUCGCCUCAGAUUCCACCCAAGCCUUGUCGUCUAUUUUCAGACAAUUCGACACGGUAAUCAGCUGUACGGGUUUCGCUGCUGGACCGGGAACACAGCGUAAACUCACCCGUGCUGUCCUUGAGGCGGGGGUAGCAAGGUAUAUCCCCUGGCAAUUCGGGGUCGAUUAUGACACUAUCGGCCGUGGCUCGGGGCAGGAUCUAUUCGACGAACAACUGGACGUGCGCGAUGCACUAAGAAGCCAGAGUUCCACGAAGUGGGCGAUUAUCUCGACGGGCAUGUUUACGAGUUUUCUGUUCGAGCCUAGUUCUGGGAUUGUGGAUCUUGGGAACGGGGUUGUUACAGCGCUUGGGGGGUUGGGGAAUCGGGUUACUGUUACUGCGCCGGAUGAUAUUGGGAGGGUUACGGCGGAGGUUGUUCUUGGGGAUUAUGGGGAGGCCUUGCAGGAUAAGCCUGUUUAUGUUGCUGGGGAUACAUUGAGUUAUGGCCGGUUGGCGGAGAUUGUGGAGGGCGUUACGGGGAGAAAGGUUGAGAGGAGGGUGAGGACUGUUGAAGCUGCAAGGGGGGAUUUGGUCAAGGACGCUGACAAUGCGUUGUACAAGUAUCAGAUUGUGUUUGGAGAGGGAAAGGGCGUUGCGUGGGACGUGGAAGAGACAUGGAAUCACAAGCAUGGAAUUCGACUUCAAACGGCCGAGGAGUGGGCGAGAGAGAAUCUGCUUUGA